AUACAUAUACAGUUAUUAUUUAUAUGCAACUGUUUACGUAUAUGCUUGUGGUAUUUACAACUGUUUAUUGUGUAUAAAAUUGACACGUACUCAUUGUGAACAUAUUUAUACACGUAAUUCCCAUCGAAAGCUUUCUUUGAAAUAAAUAAAAACAAAAGAUAAUUACGCCAGAAGUGCAAAUUUGUUAUCUGAUUUAUUCAUUCAGCGUCGUCGCAGCUGAUCAAAACAAAUACAUACAUAGCUGGCAAUUUGUAUAGAAAACCAAGGAGCAGAGCCAACAACGACAAAAUGCGAAAAAACAUACAGAAAGCACGGCCCAAUAACGAGCGGUACAUUCAAGCUAAGCUUAACCGACUGCUGCAUGCGCUCUACGCAUUCGCUGUUACAAAUACAAGCACAUCAACAGUGACAAGUUGGCGCAGUGCGAAUAUGCCCCAUUGUAGAGAACAAGCAACGGAAAGCUCUUACGUGCGAUUGCCACAAAGCAAGAACAAGUUAUAAACAAAAUCGAAAGGCAGCUGAAAACAAAAAGCACAAAAAGUACAUACAAGAUGCGAAGAGCAGCCAAAAGCAAGUUAGCCAAAAAGAAAAAAAAACAACUACAUAUAUAUGUAUGUGUACAUAUGCGCGCAUAUUUACAUGUGCAUGAGUAUGUGUGUAUGUAAAGACUGGGCCAAAGCGCCAGCGUCCCCAAAAUCGAUUUUUUCGUGCCAGUGACACAAUCGUACACAAGAAGCACAAUAACGGUUCGAAACGGUAAACGUUCUGAUUUAGGCGAAAGCAAAAGGCGCUUAAUAUUAAAAGUUUAUUUUGCAGCAUUGUUAGCAGCCACAAUAUGGAAUCGUUUCUUAGUCUAUUCGAUCCCAACCAGCCGGACGAUGGCUUCGAUGAGGAGCAGGAGCUGAAUGGCAACAGCAGCGGCAGCAGCGAGUACGAGGUGGAUGCCAAUGUCAAUGGCAGCAAAAACAAGACCAACAAAAACAAGAUCUGCAAAAGCAACAGCAACAACAACAACAAUAUUAGCAACAGCAAUCUAAUCUUUGACUUUGAGCAGGGCGCCCUGCCGCCCGAGCCGCAGCUGGGCAAUGUGGAGUAUAAGCUGAAGCUGGUUAAUCCGUCGAAGCAGCGUUUCGAGCAUUUGGUCACGCAAAUGAAAUGGCGCCUGCGCGAGGGCCACGGCGAGGCCAUCUAUGAGAUUGGUGUUUCGGAUGCGGGUCAUCUGCAGGGCCUGAGCGAGAAGGAUAUGAAUGCAUCGCUGACCACGCUCAAGCAAAUGGCCCAUCAUUUGGGCGCCAGCACAUCCGUGCUGAGGAGCAAGACAGUUGCCGGGCGGCGAUCCGUUGCCGAGGUGCUGGUCCGCAAGAUACCCGACGAUCAGCACAACAUUGAAGUGCGCGUGGCGGUAUUGGGUGGCGCCGAUGCGGGCAAAUCCACGCUGCUGGGCGUGCUCACCCAGGACGAACUGGACAAUGGACAUGGACGCGCGCGCCUCAAUAUGUUUCGGCACAUGCACGAGAUUCAGUCCGGUCGCACUUCUUGCAUCUCGCAUGAAACUCUGGGAUUCGACGCCUUGGGCAAUGUGGUCAACUACAAAUACAAUGAAAUGAUGACGGCCGAGGAGAUCAGCGAUCGCUCAACCAAGCUGGUCACCUUCAUGGACCUGGCAGGCCAUCGACGCUACAUGCGCACCACGGUCCAAGCGCUGAGCGGCUACUCGCCUCACUAUGCCAUGCUUGUGGUGUCCGCUGGCAGCGGCUGCAAUGACACCACCGAGGAGCAUCUGGCCAUAGUGCGCGCCCUUGAUAUGCCCUUCUUUAUAUUGAUUACCAAAACGGAUAUCACAUCGCCGGAUGCCACGGUGCAGGAGCUGCGCACACUGCUCACAAAUAUUGGCUGCCGCAAGGUGCCGUUUCUGGUCACCGACACGGAUGAGGCUAUAUCGGCUGGCUCGAAUCAGCAAUCCGAGAAUAUUGUGCCCAUAUUUUGUGUCUCAAAUGUGACUGGCACUGGUCUGAGUCUGGUCACCAAGUUUCUGUACGUGCUCUCGCCGGGCAUCAGCAAUGCCGAAAAGGAUCGUCUCGAGCUAGAGCCUUGCGAGUUCCAAAUUGAUGAGAUCUUUAGGGUAACCGACGUCGGCCCAGUUGUGGGCGGCCUGCUGGUACAGGGCGUGCUCACCGAAAAUAUGCCCAUGAAAAUUGGACCCCUGCCGGAUGGCAGCUUUCAUGCAGUCACUGUUCAUACCAUACAUCGCAACAAGGCGCCAUGUCGGGUGGUGCGCGCUGGCCAAAGUGCGUCCCUAUCGUUUACGCCAACCCAGGAGCUGCCAUCGCUGCGCAGCGGCAUGGUGCUGCUGGGUGACUUUGGUAACCUGGAUGAACCCUACGGCACUUACUUCUUUCAGGCCAAGGUCUCGGUGCUGUUCCACGCAACAGCCAUUUAUGUGGGCUUUCAGACCACGGUGCACAUCGGCAGCAUACGCCAGACGGCUGUUAUACGCGGCAUAAUGGGUGGCGAGAAGCUGGGCACCAAUGAUUCGGCCUCUGUUAUGUUUGAGUUCGUUGGACAUCCGGAGUAUGUGCGACCCGGCAUGCGCAUACUGUUCCGCGAGGGCAUGUCCAGCAAGGGCAUAGGCGUCGUCACCCAAGUAUUUCCCGUCAACAAGACACGCACGAAGUAAACUCUGCGCCUGACCAGUGGA